GGCAGUUUUACGGUUUGGAAGCGUACGUUUGGUUCGCUCCGCAUUUUACUAUUUCAUUGUGAAAAUAGUGAUCCAUUUCUUGCCAAAACUAGUACUGAAACCUUAUUAACGAGUGAAGUUUGUGUGUACCGGCCCCACCAUGGCGUCGGAUCAGUUUUCCCUUCAUUGGGAUAACUUCCACAACAACAUGAGUUCCGGGAUGAACUCAUUGCUCGAGAACGAGGACUUAGUGGAUGUUACAUUGGCGGUCGAAGGAAAAUGUCUGAAGGCCCACAAAGUAGUGUUGUCGGUUUGCAGCCCCUACUUCAAAGAACUUUUCAAAAACAAUCCGUGUCAGCAUCCAAUCGUGUUCAUGAAAGACGUUAGUUAUGUCGCGCUCAGUGAUUUAUUACAGUUCAUGUACCAGGGAGAAGUGCAAGUUAGUCAGGACAAUUUAACAUCGUUUAUCAAGACUGCAGAAGCCUUACAAAUCAAGGGUCUCACGGGCGAAAAUAACGGCUCCAAUGACACUGAAGUUGAGGUGGAAAAGAACAGUAUCGCCCCCGUUGUGGCGCCGCCUCCACAACCGACGCCACAACAGGAGUUCCGUACCGAGUACAAACCGCUGCAGAAGCAACGUAAGGUGCUUCAGUCCCAAUCACAACCCACUCCCUCCCCAAAACGUGCACGACUCUCCUCUGACAAUUCUCAAUUAAUGACCCCGGUAACAAAGACUGAACAGCUGGCCCCAAUAUCCACCUCCAAUGAGGUGGUACAGUUUAAAAUGGAACCAUAUGAUCAGAAUCAAUCUAUUAGUAUUGAUGAGACACCAGACGAGACUUUUGGGGAUGAUAAUACUUUGGAUGAGGCUAAUGUUGACGACACAGAAGAUUAUAGUAUGAUGGAAGGGGGCGAGGAAGAACCGCAGGCUGGCACUAGUGCUGAAGGAGCUGGUGAAGGACAAGGUUUGAUUUAUUUCGACGUUGGAAUGAAGAAUCCAAAAAUAAUUGUGGACGAUUAUAGCUUUUUAAUGUACAAAAAAGAACCGAAUCAGACAACUUGGUACUGUACACAUUAUUUUAAUAGAAGAGCGGUGAGAUGCAAAUGUAGAAUUGUAACGAGUGGUAGGGUUGUGAAUAUUUACGGUGAACAUUGUCAUGAAAUUAAUAAAAGUAAACCUGACAAAUACAGAAACAUGUUGUCUCAGGCUGUUACAAUUGUCAGACACCCACAAUGUUUUACUGUCAAAUAACUUUUGUACAUGUAAUGUAGAUUUUUUCUGAUAAUAAAAGAAAAAUUAUUUAAUCUUCUUGUGUUAAACGUAUAUUUAGAUUUUUUAUGUACUAUCGGUUACAGAAUUGCAUUACCACUUUCAAUUCAGUAUCGCUUGGCGCACUACUCACUUCCCCCACCACGAAUACGAUUUGACCGUCUCGCGUCGCGCCGAGCACACCAAGCAAAAUGAUCCCCUCCACAAAUAUCGGUCGUGAGCAACGACGAACACUGCAAGCGAAAAUGAACCUUGAGGUGGUAAUGCAAUUCUGGAGCCGAUAGUACAUAUACCGAUCGAAAAGUGUCUGAUCUGGCUGAAUUUUGAAAGAGACAUCACGGAGGACAGAGACAGUAAGUCUCCCACUUGCAGACCUUUACUGUCUUUGUCGUAUACUUUGUCCCUCUCAUAAUUCAGUCGGAUCAAACAUUUUUCUAUCGGUAUAAAUACGGUACUAUAGAUAUAUGGUAUAAUUUGUUUAAUUAAAACUUGUUUUAGCUAUAAUUUUCUUUUACGAAACGAACGAAUUAUCGUUUUUGUAAGGGUGCGAAACAUUCCCAAGGUAGUGCAAUAUAAUAUAAAUUGAUGAACACAAUUACCAAUUGAAAAAGAAAAUUAUUUAUUAUUUACAAAAAUCUCCUCUAAUUGUUGCAAAAAAAAAUAUUUAAACGUACCCUUCAUUGAUACAUACUCUUAAUGACCAAUCGUGAAGUAUUUUUUGAGUUUUUGAAAUUAUUUUGCAUUUUAUUUUUUAAUAUGCAAAAAGACUAUUUAUUUAUUUUUUAUGUAUGUGAUUAUUUUUAUAAUGUAUAAAACAAUUUAAAUUUUAUCAACAUUUGAUUAUCUGUAGAUGUCAGUUCAAAUAAAACAAUUUCAAACCGU